UAUUCUCUUUAGUGUGUUACGUCACGAAACGCGCCGCGUCGUCGAUUCGCGUUGACAGUAUACAUUCAGCACGUAACUCUCGGCAACAGACGAUACACGAAGAAAGAGAUUUGUUUUGUCGGAGUGGAUGAAAUCUAUUAAAGUUACAUCAUGUUUGCAAAAUCUAAAAGCAGCAGUUCGUCGUCCCAAUUUCAAUUAACAAAUCCAAUAAGAAAUUUCUGUGACAUUGGCAAACAAACCGCUACUGCGGGACCAGAACAUAUUUGGCGUAUCUACGAUGCUUACCGUAAAGAGGAUGGAAAGGUAUAUAAAGUUGAAGAAUGUCCUGAAACAUUAGCUUUUGCCUCAGAACCAGUUUUAGCUAGUCUUGCUAACGUUUUAGCAUCACAAGAUCAACAAGAACUUAACAGACAAAAUUUGUCACAAAGCAAUCGUCCGUGUUAUGUGAAAGAUUAUGAUUUAUUGGAGAUUGAAAUUAAAUAUGGUUUGUUACAGAUUACUGAAGCAUUACUAUUUCUUCAUAACAGUUGUCAUCUCAGAAUUCUUCAUAGAAACGUUUGUCCAAGUAAUAUUAUAAUAACGAAAAGAGGAACAUGGAAACUUGCCGGAUUUGAAUUUAUAAAGGUUAUCAAUAAGAUACCAUUUGAAAUAAAGCCAUGGACAAGUAGUAAGUCAAAGAUGGCACAACCAAAUUUGGAUUAUUUAGCACCGGAAACUCAACAAAAAGAAUUAAUAGAUAGUUUUGCUAGCGACAUGUAUAGUCUUGGAAUGACAAUGUGUGCUAUCUUCAAUCAUGGCAGACCAUUGAUUCAAGCCAAUCACAAUUAUUCUGAAUACCUGAGACAAAUAGAAAAUCUCGACGAUCAGGUAGAACUCUUUCUACCCUCGGUAACAUUUGCCCUAAGAGAAGCAGUUCAAAGACUUCUACAAAAGGAUGUUAAUCUAAGGCCUACAGCUCAAGUUUUAUCGAUGAUCAAAUAUUUCCGGGAUCCACUAGUGCACGCCUUUCAAUUUCUGGAUGUUAGCAAGUUAAAGGACAUAUCGCAAAAGGAACAUUUUUAUACAACGACCCUGAAGGAAUUUUUGCCGUAUGUACCGAAGAAACUAUUGUAUCAACACAUUUGGUGGUAUCUUCGGGCUGAGUUGCAGACCCAGGAAGUCUUAUCGGCGGUCCUGCAGCCGAUCUUAUACAUCAUUGAAAAGAGUACUAAAGAAGAGUUCGAGAAAAUAAUCUUUCCAACUUUGAGACCGCUCUUCUUGAACCGAAAAUCAAUUAAUGGUACCGUUAUAAUGUUAGAAAAUUUACAUGUAAUAUUGAAGAAGACGCCCGAGGAAUAUAUAGAUUCGGAAGUUUUAAAAAUGUUGUAUAACAGUUUUGAGAAUUCAACGAUACAAGUGCAGACGGCCGCUUGCAUAGCCGUGACCAAAGUAACAGAUUAUAUCAACGACGAUGCUAUCAAAACUAUAAUACUACCGAAGAUACUCCAGGCCUUCGACAAUAAGACUGUCGACGAAUGCGAAUUGGUGAAAGUGAUUUACUGUAUUUUAAAUCGACUCGAGAAACAAAGAAUCAUAGACUACGUCUUACCCCUUCUCAGCAGGGUUAAUCUACAAGAACCCGAGAUUGUUGUUCGGGUUGUAAAUAUUUACACGUUGAUGCUUACCGAUAAGAAAUACGGUCUGUCAGUGAAUUGGAUGGCAACUCGUGCGUUGCCAUCGUUACUUCCACAAACGGUCAAUCCUGGAUUGAAUUUGGAUCAAUUCGUUGCACUUUUCCAAGUGCUUCAAGAAAUGUUGAAUCAUAUAGAAAGGAAUCAAAGAAAUAAACUCACCCUGGACAAUCUCUCUUUACCGAGUCCGGACAGAUUUCGGACUUUCCGACAUCAACAUAGUACGGACAACAUGCACGUUCCACCAUUUAACAUUCCGAAUUUACGUAUUGAUCAACGAAAAACUUCAUCGGCUGAAGAUAUGGCAAGAAAAAAUAGCAUGACUGAACCAGAUAGGACAGCAUCUGCUGAAAAUAUGGCCCGAAAAAAUUCAAUAAUGUCCAAUUUCGGAGGGUGGUUUGCAUCAACGGUGAACGAUAGUAAUUUCUUAAAAGUGCAUAACGCCUUCACGAGUAGACGUCUUUCAGAUAAUACUUUAAUGACACCUAAAAUACGAGUAGCACCAUCUUGCGCAAGUUCUCCAGGUGGAACACCUGGUGGUGGUUUACCUAUACGUCGACAUUCGACUCAAGAACGACGUGGAUCAACUAUUAAUCUUUCACCGCCGACGGGAGGCGGAAUGCCAAUAACAAGUAGUAGCGUGCCGUAUCUUCUCAGUUCGAGUAUGAAUAGUAUUCGAGGAUCAAGGCGUCCCUCGGUAUCAUCGACCUCAUCCCAACAAGGACUUCUUCACCAGGUUGGCAACAGCAUGUAUCAAUUCUUCAAUAGACAAACCGACGCAUGAAAUGUACAAUCAGAAACUAAGGAGAGAUAGGGGAACUAUCAUUAAAUUAUACUUCCGAAGUAGAAGAAUACUCAUCUUUUUGGAGAAUUUAGAAGCAGUACAUCGUGCAAAUUGUAAACGUAAAUUGCAUUUUCUAAUAUUAUUGAUUAUUUGGUACGAUCAGAAGGUGAAGAUAGGUUGUACAAAUUCGAGCCUUGCUAAGAGAAAGUAUUUGAUGUCACAAUGAUAUGAAAAAAUAGGAAUAUACAAAUUUAAUUCACAUUUCAAAAAAAGAAAUUGAUCUUCCUUUGACAAAAAUCUACUUCUUUCAAAUAUCUACAUUUUUCAACGAGAAUUAUACACACACACACACACACAAAAUAUAUAUAUAUAUACAAUGGUUCGUCGUUCAUUAAAUGGAGAAAUACACCGUUACAGUGAGAAUAUGGUGGUCGUGUUUUCAGUAGACGAACUUUCUUCUUCUUCUUCUUCUUCUUCUUCAAAAGAAAAAUAUCUUUUUUUCUCUUUUUAAAUGUUUCAUCGUAUAAUACUGGAACAUAUGUUGGCCUCCGACAGCUAAAUCAGCUGACAAAUUCACUAUUCAAUGUUGUAUACAUGUACACACGUGUAUCUACGUGUGUAUAAUAAUUAAUUCCUCGUUCUAAAAAUUCUUUAUUGAUCGAUAAUUCGUUUAUUUGACUUGUUUCGAAUCACUUCGAUAUUUAUCUAUUAAACAUACAUUUAAUAAUUCAAUAUUUUUUG